AUGGCAUACACAUCAGUACCCUCCGACAACCCACCAGACUACAUCCAGUCCGCCCGGGAACAUGGCCUCCGCCUGAGGCAGAGCGCCCCGGUCAAAAAGGGGCCGCUCCCCUUCGAACUGCCCAUCAUCAGCCAUCUCAAGGGCAAGAGAGUCAUUCUCGCCUCGGCCUCGCCAAGGAGGAAAGCACUCCUGGCACAGGUCGGCCUUAAGGACCUCGAGAUCCUCCCCUCCACAAAACCUGAAGACCUCUCCAAGAAAGAAUACACCCCCCACGAGUACGUCUCGGCAACGGCCCGCCAAAAGUGCCUGGACGUCUACGAGUCCGCCGUCAGGACGCAGGCGGAGCUGGCCGAGUCCAAGGCCGAGACCCCCGCCGACCCGGAGCUCGUCAUCGCCGCCGACACCGUCAUCGUCACCAAGGACGGGCGCAUCCUGGAGAAGCCGCGCAGCGAGGCCGACCACGUCCGCAUGCUGCGCCACCUGCGCGACACGCGCAUGCACAGGGUCCUGACCGCCGUCAUCGCCGCUCACACCGAGGAGACGAGGGUCUUCUUCGCCAGCGAGAACGACGGCCUGCCCGACGACGUCAUCGACUCGUACGUGCGCACCCGCGAGGGUGCCGACAAGGCCGGCGGGUACGCCGUGCAGGGGAUCGGCGGCCUGGUGCUGAUUGAGAAGCUCGAGGGGAGUGUGGACAAUGUGGUCGGGCUGCCGGUGCGCAAGACGCUGGCACUGAUGGAGAAGGCGAUAUUCCAGCAAGGUGAGGAAGAGGUCCAGUGGAGCGAUGAGGAGGAGGAACGCGGGGAGUGA